GAUUUGUAACUUGUUUUUUGCAAAUCACGACGAUAAAGUUUUCCAUGCGUAUAAUCCGGUUUGAUUUUCUUCGAAACUGACACCAUUAUCACGCUACACUGAAGUUUACCGCUGCAGGAAUGCCUGUUCUUAAUACAACUGAAAGCUACGAAUGUAAUUAGGGCUGGCUAUACGUCCUGCGUAAACCGUAUCGAAUCCAGCUUUCUUGUGGAGCGAGCCACGACGACGAUGGAUAAUGGAGGCAGUCUGCCUCUGCUGAAUCUGGAUUUUUCGCAAAAAUUCAGCCCGGAGUCGGAUCUGGGACUGUUAUUACGGACGACCAACUUUGCCGCCAUCAAGCAUAAGAACCAGCGGCGCAAGGAUCCGGAGAAGACGCCGUAUAUCAAUCAUCCCGUUGGGGUGGCUCAUAUUCUGGCUGCGGAAGGUGGUGUGACGGAUAUCACGGUUCUUCAGGCGGCUGUGCUGCACGAUACAGUGGAGGAUACUGACACCACGCUGGAUGAAAUCGAACAACAUUUUGGUGCCCAUGUCCGAAGCAUUGUCGCCGAGGUAACCGACAAUAAAGCGCUGGCUCCUGCUGACCGGAAGCGGCAGCAGAUCGAGAAAGCACCACAUGUGUCAUUCCAGGCCAAGCUGGUGAAAUUAGCCGACAAAUUGUAUAAUCUCCGGGAUCUGUACCGCACCCGACCGGAAGGAUGGCCUGAAGAGCGCGCGCAGCAGUAUUUCGUUUGGGCCGGAAGGGUCAUCGAGGGUCUGCUGGGCACUAAUCAGCCCAUUGAAGACAAACUUCGUGUGCUUCUUGCCGAAAAAGGUGUUCUUCUGCCCACAGAACGACCUUCCGCCUGACCGGCUACUGUGUGACUUUCACCUAGAUCUUUUAGUUGACAUUUUCGGUGUGUCUUUCGUUUUUGUUGCAUUUUGCUGAUUGAGAAUAUAUUCUGCUGAAUAUCUAUAGUUCUAUUUGCAGCGUGAUCUGCGUAACUACAGUUCGCGGGUGCGUUCGUUUUGGCGAGAGGUGUGUUAAUAUGCAGUAUAUUUAUGGCGUAAACUUAACAGUUAUAAAUUAUUUAUAAUA